AUGGUGUCAACAUUGCGGCCACUGAAGACGCAGCAGCUGCUGGCCAUUUUCAAGGUGCUGGAUGGUCAGAAGAGAGGGCGCCUUGGUCUUCAGGAACUCGACGGCAUCUUUUCGGAGAUGUUGGGCACUCAUCUUUCAUCUGAUGAGUUACGUUGCGUCAUGAAACAUCUCAUAAGCCUUGGCGCUGCAGCGGAGUACUCGAACGUUGCCGGUCAAGAGACCAUCGCCGAUCUACAGGAACUCGACUUCUCGACAUUCAUCGACGCUGUGAACAGCACCAUCAAGUUGCAACCACUGGAACACAUACUACGAGGGACUUUCACCAAACUUACAGGCGGCAGAGAGCGCAUAACCGUUGAGGACCUACUGCAAUUGGCCAAUAAGGCAGGUAUUGGCUCGGGAAGCGACGCUAGAGUACGCCUUGUAACACGAAUGCCGAACGAAUCAGCCGAUUUCGCAGAGUUUUGCAAGUGCGUCUCCGGCACUUGA